AUGCUGUCAUCUGGAGUAGAGACUCAGCCAGUUCCACUUGAUUCCUCCAUGUCUGCCGUGGUACAGGAAUUAUACUCUGAACUCCCUGUGAGUGUCUCCAAAGAGCUUCAUGCUGACCCUGAGCCAAGUGUGAUUCCAGAUGUAAAACCUGGAGCCUCAAGCUCUCUUAUAAGUCAGAGUAGGGCAGUGCCCUUGGAGCUGCAGAGGACUCGUGCGGAAAGUUGUUGUGAAGAAACUUCUGGCGCCUUGGAUCAUGGGGGUGAGCCUGGGCGGUGUGGGCUGGUGGACUCCACAGCAGGAGGUUCUGUGGCUUCUGGGAUCUUGGAUAGGGAAGAGAAAACCAAGAGCAUGGAGCUAAAGGUCUUCAGAGAUCAAGGGGACCAGGCGGAAAUUGUAAGAGACCCCUGUGAGGGAGCAAAGGAAGACCCACAUCAACAUUCCACAGCUACUGAAGAAAAGAUCAGCCCAAGUCAGGAAGACCUCCUGAUGCAGUCAAGCAAAGAACGUUUAUGCACGGGCCUCCCUGAAGACUGUCUGAGGAGCAAAGGAAAUGUACAAAUUACAACUGGAACUCUGCUAAAAUCUACUGAAGAAGUACAAGGUAUGAAGGUCAAUGGGACUAAGACGGAUUAUAAUGAAGGACACAAGAAUGGCAAUGUGAGUAAAGGUCUCUCAGCUGGGUGCAGCGAAUACCCAGAAAUAGACAAAAUCCUGACCAGUGGUGAGGUUUCAGAAACCAGCACAUUAGUUUCCCUAGAGCCUUUAACCUUUGUGGACCCUGGAUUAACAGAAGCAACUUCUAAAGAAAAAGAAUGUGAAGAAUUAAAAACUUGUCCUUCUUGGUUAUCAUUGUUAUCAGGGAGCAGUGCCAUUUCCAAAGUGAACAAUGGGAAGGAAGAGGUGUGUAAGUUAAACCUUGUCUGUGAAGCAGAUGACAGUCACCAACAGAUUCUCAGCCACCAUAAUGAAAAACACAGUUCUGCCCAUGGCAGUCCCAAAGCCACGAGAAAUGUAGUUGUUGUAGAACCCUUAGAAGAAAACUCUGGCAUUUCAUAUUUCUCAAGUUUGUCUGGUCCAGAAUCCAGGACACCAUCCUUAGAAACAAGUGGUUUUGAAGGUGAUGGCUUGCCAAAGGGAUCUGCUGAAAAGACAGACAAUUCCUGUUUUGAUGGAGACGGUCAAAGCAAGAACGUGGCUACUAGAAAAGAAAAUGAACAGUUUUUGAACCCCAGGAGUGAAAGAGGGGAACUCUUUCUUGUUAAUGCCAGGCAACCAGAAGAGGAUGCUAGUGGUCAUUGUCCUGGUGAAAAAGAGACUGUUGCCGCCCCCAAAGAGAAUAUCCAUGGUAACACUUGUGUUCAAGGCAGUAUCCAUACAGACAGCCCUAGUUCUUCAGUGCCCGGUUCUUUCACUGAAACCACAGAAGUAAUGUUAAAAAAAAAUUAUCUGAAAAUCACUUUAGACAUUCAAGGUAGCUUGACAAACCAUGAGGACCAUAGAGAAACUUCUACUGAUAUGAGCCAUUCAGGCAGACACUCUGAAGAGAGCAGUUUUUCCUCCUUAAUGCAGAUUGAAGAGCCAGAACAGACAACCACUAUAGAGCCCAAUAUGGUAACUGAAAAGAUUUACAGUAAAGACUCUAACUCAUUCCGCUCCCAGAGAAAUCUGGAAGACGACACCCAGUUAAGUGAAGCAUCAUAUAAUGAAUUUCUGAUUGAAAGAAAAUCCCUUGUGAGUUUAAAGCGUGAGGACCAGAUAAGUCUUAUGAAUGAGAUAUCAAAACCCAAGAAAGAUACUGCUCAGUUACCACCAUCCCUAGAAUUUGAUUACAAACCUGAGUCAGAACAAGCUAUACAGACUGCACAGGACGAUAGUUCACAUUUAGAUGAACAGAACAUAGCCUGUGAGAUGAAUAAACUUCCUUGUACCAAUGAACUGGUUUUAAACAAAAUAGAAAGUGAAUGUGUUUUAAAUCAAGUGCCCCUUAAUUCUCAAGACCACGUGAAGUUGCCAGCUAACAAAGAGAUGCCUUUAGCAACAAGCGAGGAUUCCCAACAGAGCCAUCACCCUCCAUUAGAGGAUGGAGCAGAUGUCAUUGCUCAUACCCAAACCGUUCCCAUGAAGACAAAAAUGAAAGACAUCGCUCCAUCAGGUGACAAAUCCUGUGGUGCCUCUUCAAACAACCCCACCUUAAACAUCAAACCAGGAAGCCUAGAAAGAAAAAACGAACUGGCUGAUUCUGGAAUAGUCGAUCUACCUUCCAGACUUCUCUCAAGCAAGAAAGAAGCAGCAGGCUUGCCUCAAGAGGUCUCUGUUAUGGAAUGUCAAAGUGUUCAAUCUCAGGAUCUCUCUAGCUGUCGUUGUGUAAAUAAAAAUGCACAAGAAAAGAGCGUGUGUUCUGCUUAUGCUGCUUUGGAGUCCAGCAGAAUCAUCCCAAAAGUUGAAAAUUCUUUGAUGACCAAGUGUGAAGAUGCAUUUCAGCACAGCAAUCACCACUCUCAAGGAAGAGAAGACUCCACAGAAAGUAGCACGCAUAAAGUGAGUUACACAUCAGAGGGAAGUGAACUUGCUGGGGAAGAAACUAAAGGCAGCCUCCCAGGAGAUAAGAUGCGAAAUGAAAUGACAGGAAGCAUAUUAAAUAGUGAAGCUUCAGACAAGACCAUUCCCACCACCAGUCACACCCAGCCCAGCAAGGAAUGGUUGGAAGGAAAGGAACAGGAUGUACCUAAAGAGACUGUGUUUUGCAAGUAUAACGUCUCUGACUGUGCCACAUCAGAACUAAACUUAUCUGCAAACAUUCCAAGCCCUGAAAAAUUGUUGGACCAGUCUCUAACUGUUAUGCUCUCCAGUUUCAAAAGCAUAAGCCAAGCAGUUGAAACUCUUGAUCAGAAAACAGAUAAAGUCCUUGACUGCCAGAGUAACCAAAAUAGACCAGAUGAAGGCAGAAAUGAAGAUAAACCAGCUAAGGAGACACUAGAUGGUGACAAGAGAGAGACUGUCACAGAACCUAACAGAGAGGUAAGCCACAACCAAAAGGAUCUGCUAGUUAGUUCAGCCAGUAACAACCCAUUGUCCAGUGGUAGUUCAAAGAAAGGCGAUUUGAAAGGAGACUCUGAACAUAUUUCUGGUUGUGAGGAGUCCACAGAUGUCAUGGUAGACAUCAUCUACACGAACUGCAGUAAUAAGUCUACAGAAGGCAUGUUAGACUUAAGAGCAUCUAGUACCCUUGACGGUGGUGCAGGGCAAGAUGGACUGACAUUACAGGAAACCUCAGUGAGUACUCUUUCUCAGAGAAGAGAACUGAGUGCUGCAUUUAUCGGAAUGAUUGGCCAGGACUCAGAUUUCCCAGAUGCUACUUCCUCUACAGGGGAGCCUCUGGAAAUUAAAAAAUCAUGUGAAGAGAAAGUAUGCAGAUCAUUAAAAGAUUGUGAAAUGGAAAUGUGUCCAGACUCUUGUGCCCAUGAGCUAGAGUCUAUUGCAGAUCAUGAACCAAAUAUAAGAACAUUGGGUAGAGUAAAUGUGUCCUUAGAUUAUAGUCAUCAUGAACAGCAAGUUAAAGAAGCAUCCCUUAGAGAAACAAAAGGAAUGAUCGAAGGAUCAAGACUGGAAAUAAUUUCUGAGUUUGACAAGGACAAUACCUUUGGAAGUUCCUCAAAAGAGUUGCUGUCUUCUGGAUGCCCAGAUGAGAACCCUGUUCCUGUAGGGAGCCUGAAAUCCAUUGAGAUAAUGCCUUCGUAUCUGUCUUCUCACAAAAAUUCAGAAAGUAAUGUUAAUAGUGAAGAAACUGACCUGAAAAAUCUUUUUAAACCAAAAGAUGGUGAAAUGCUUUGUGAAAACGUGGAGCACCACACAGUCCUGCUUGAGAAGAAGGAAGGAGAACCAGGGGAUGGGAGUAAUUCUGGUAAAGGAGUCAGAAUAGACAUUGGUAUGCAAAAUUUGCCUUUGACAAUGGAAACAGAAACUAAGUUGAAAGGAGAGAAAACUGAAGAACAUCAGAGGGGACCCAUGGGUCACGUAACUGUCAGGGAAGAGUCUGAGGAGAUGAUUACCAGAGAGGCUGGUCAUGGUGAUAAAGGAAGAGAGAUUUUUCAGUCCCAUUCUAAAUCCCAGAGGAUGCUUGCUGAUCUUGAAGAGCAACAAAGACAGAGGGCUUUGGACUACAUGUUGCAGAAUGAAGAGGAAUAUAUCCAUCAAAAAGAAGCAUACACGAUAUUGGAACAAUGUACAUCAUCUGACAUUUUACCGGAUGAGCUGAAAGAUAAGAACCAAGCUAAGUAUUGCAAAGGUGAGUCCACCGUGAUGAAGAAAAUCACCCUAGCACAGCUGGCUACGGGCGGCAGUGCUGCACAGUUCCGAAAGUUGGAGGAUCCAAAGGAGGAAAGCUUGUGUCAUCCAUUAAAAAGGGCCAUGGAGUCGUACACAGGCCCUUGCCUUCGUGUUGCCCCUCAGAAAGCACAAGACCCCAACUCUGCUGGGUGUGAUGAAAUACACGGUGCCUUUGGGAACACUUCACACCAGAAAAGAGUGCUUCCCUUAAAGAAGCAGCCCCAUCGAACAUGUAAGAAAGUUUCCUGUCAGGAGCAACUCAAGAUGGGGAAAAAAAUAAGUAAAAUCAGAAGUUCUGCCUUUUUAAAGAGUUCCUCUGAAACCAUCCCCACAAAAGCACACCGAUUUCUCAGUUCGUGUGCUAUGCCUGCACCCGCACAAUCGGAACCCGGAACAGAACAAGCCAGGAGCUUAAUGAGCCACAUACCAAAGCAGAAGGUGACUCCGUGCCAUCCCUUGAGGAGCCUGAAUGUUAGGAAGCCUACCAAAGAAUCAGCCUUACUCAGCAAGCUGUCCAUUCUCGCCUCCAAACUGGUCCCAGCCACAAAGACCCAGAAACUAAGAUACCGGCAUUGUUCCUCAGAACUUCUUCCAGUGGCUAAAAGCUACAAGCGGCUCAGAUACAAAAGGCUUCUGGAUGGCUUUUCAUACAAUACAAUGCAGCUAAAUCCAUAUUUGGCAGCUAGUGGAUGGGAUAAGAGACCCAACAGUAAGCCCUUGGCACUUUAUUCACUAGAAGCCAUCAAAAUGAGCUUCAUAGAUUUGAGCAACAAGGUGCCAUCACUGCUGUUUGGUUCCGAAAUUUUCCCGGUAUCUUUUCACAUGAAAUCGGGCUCUGAGUGCAUGACCGAGUCCCCAAGGACUUUUCCUGAGCACUGUGCUCCAGCCAGGCUCACCUUAGGAGAGGCCCCCAGGUGCCUGUCUCAACCUCCCAAGUGGACCUUUUCUUUCUUCUUGUCCCACAGUUGUCCUGGGAUGGCCACAUUCAGGGAAGACACUGGCCUCCAUGGUCAGGCAUGUGCCCAGGCUCCUUCACAGUCUCCAGGUCCUCUCCAAGACUAUGGAGGCACUGCCAUAGUCCAGACCAGAGCAGGCUGCUCUGUUCUUGGCCUUCACACACUUCUAGCACUUUGUUCUCCUGGAUGUUACCGAAUCUGGACAAAAAAACGGAGCUUCUCUAGUCACAUGCCUACCAUGCAGAGGCUCUUCAUGACCCAGUUUACACAGGGCUUAAAAGGGUUAAGAUCUCCAGCCUCCAUAGCAGACAAGGUCUUCUGUUCUCUUCCCUACUCGGUGGGCCGAGUGCUAUCCAUUUGGAGCCAGCAUGGGCCUUCUGCCUGCCCCUUCGAAAUCUCUACUCUUCAUUCCACUCACAGCAAGCGGCAGCCAACUCUGAGCACCACGAGCAGCCACACCAUGUUACCGUAUGUGCCUCUUCCAGGCAUGGAAGCUACUUAUAAUACCAGUGGCAGUCAGAUGAGACUAGAGCCUCCAUUCCCUGCCUUGGUACCAAAGUCUUGCUUGGUAACAGACUCAGCUGUCAGCAAGCUCUUGCUUUCAGCCUCCGAGUUCCAAGUCCCUGAAUUUGAUGAGCUGGAUACUGUGGCAGCGGCAUGCCCCCAUCCACAGAGCAGCCCUCCAGAACAGAAAGAGGCUGAGCCAGAGAAGAGGCCAAAGAAAGUCUCACAGAUUCGUAUCCGGAAAACCAUUCCUAAGCCAGACCCUAAUCUUACCCCCAUGGGCCUUCCUCGACCCAAAAGGUUGAAGAAAAAGGAGUUUAGUUUAGAAGAAAUCUAUACCAAUAAGAAUUAUAAGUCUCCUCCUGCAAAUAGGUGUUUGGAGACCAUCUUUGAGGAACCCAAGGAACGAAAUGGUACGCUAAUCUCAAUCAGCCAACAGAAGAGAAAACGAGUUCUAGAAUUUCAGGAUUUUACCGUCCCACGAAAGAGGAGAGCUCGUGGUAAGGUCAAGGUGGCAGGCAGCUUUACCAGGGCCCAGAAGGCAGCUCUGCAGAGUCGAGAGCUGGAUGCUCUGUUGAUAAAGAAACUAAUGGAAUUGGAGACCUUUUUUGCCAAGGAAGAGGAGGAACAGGAGUGACCAUCUGGUUGUUGAGAAGCAAUUCGGUUUGGGGGUCUCGAUUUUAGAUUUUCCAGGCUCCUUGGAAGAGGUUGCCUAAUUUUGCCCUACCACCCAAACCGCUCAGAAUGCAGUCCAUGGAUUUUUACCUAUUUUGAGGUGCAACCUUUUUAGGAAAUGGUGAAGGAGGGUCCUCUGCUUCUACUGCUGAGUACUGAACCUCAGGAAUGCUCCCUUUCUCCUGGAAAUGGUCCUGAAUGACAUCUGGCCUCCUCCCCUCACUCGCCAUCCUCAGGAGGAGGACACAGCACACGUUCAGUAACACUAGGAUUCCAAGGACUCACAGCAUUUGCACGUCUGUGUGAAAGUUCUGCGUUGUUUACGGUGGUGCUAGACCAAGAUUAUUUAGAGACGUGGCCUAGGGAGGGGGACCUGGUGUCCUGUCCUGUGUGGUCUCACCGGCUCAUUCCAGUAGUUGAGGAAAGAUGGGCUGUUGUGUUUCCUAAUCCUUUGAGUCCGUCUGCCCAGAACUGUGUGUGUGUGUGUGUGUGUGUGUGUGUGUGUGUGUGUGUGUUUGUGUGGCUUCUUCCCAUGAUUUUCUCCCCUCUGUGACUGUGGGUCACUAGUGCCAGAGGAGCCCGUCCAGGCCCCAUUCGAAGUAAGUUGCACUUUUUAAUGUUGUGGUGUUGAUUAUUUUCAUUU